UGGGUGACUUUGAUCUGGGGGGGUCUUCGAAGGAACAGUGUUAAAAACAAACCUAGCUAGUGUCUUAGCCGAGGAGCCGUUAGUCAUUUAUCCACAUCAUCAUCAGAAGAGUGUGUCGGAGCCUCGGGACCUUCGCUGUUGUCGUUUACUGCAAACAUGACAGAGCUGAGGCACCGCGGAGCUACAGGCAGUGACCCAGCCUUACAACCGCCGUCUGAGGACAAGGGUUCAGACAGUGAGGCGAAAGUGGACAAAGAUGGGUUGUCGGACAGUGAGGCCAAGGUGGACUCGGGGGUCCCAGAGGUGCCCGUCCCUCCUGAUGACACCCCUGAGGUUCUAAACAAGGCCUUGUCUGGACUCUCCUCAAGAUGGAAGAACUGGUGGGUACGAGGAAUCCUCACACUGGCCAUGAUCUCCUUCUUUUUCUUCAUCAUCUACUUGGGCCCCAUGGUGCUUAUGAUGAUUGUCCUCUGUGUGCAGAUUAAGUGCUUCCAAGAAAUCAUUACCAUCGGCUACAGUGUCUACCACUCCUACCACCUUCCCUGGUUCAGGACGUUGAGCUGGUACUUCCUGCUGUGUGUCAACUACUUCUUCUAUGGCGAGACUGUGACAGAUUACUUCUUUACCCUGGUGCAAAGGGAGGAGCCACUUCGUAUCCUAAGCAAAUACCACCGUUUCAUCUCCUUUGCCCUCUACCUCACAGGUUUCUGCAUGUUUGUGCUGAGUUUGGUGAAGAAACACUACCGUCUCCAGUUCUACAUGUUUGGAUGGACUCACGUGACUUUGCUGAUUGUGGUGACUCAGUCUCACCUCAUCAUUCAUAACCUGUUUGAGGGCAUGAUCUGGUUCAUCGUUCCCAUUUCCUGUGUGAUCUGUAAUGACAUCAUGGCCUACAUGUUUGGCUUCUUCUUUGGCCGCACUCCUCUGAUCAAGCUGUCGCCUAAGAAGACAUGGGAGGGAUUCAUUGGAGGAUUAUUCGCUACUAUUGUGUUUGGCAUCCUGCUCUCCUAUGUGAUGGCUGGCUGUCGCUACUUCGUGUGUCCCGUGGAGUUCAACAAUGACUCCAACAGUUUCCAGGUGGACUGUGAGCCCUCUGACCUUUUCCAGCUCCAAGACUACACUCUGCCCAGUGUCCUGGAGUCUGCCACAGGAUGGACGACGGUGCGUCUCUACCCAUUCCAAAUCCACAGCAUUGCGCUCUCUUCCUUUGCCUCCAUCGUCGGUCCCUUUGGCGGCUUCUUUGCCAGCGGCUUCAAGAGAGCCUUCAAGAUCAAGGAUUUUGCCAACACUAUCCCGGGUCACGGUGGCAUCAUGGACAGGUUCGACUGCCAGUACCUCAUGGCCACAUUUGUUAAUGUCUACAUCGCGAGCUUCAUCAGGGGCCCCAACCCGAGCAAGGUCAUCCAGCAGCUGCUGGCCCUGCGUCCAGAUCAGCAGCUUCACAUAUUCAACUCCCUGAAGGCUCACCUCAUAGAAAAGGGCCUGCUGCCGGCGCUGGAGGAGGCCGCCGCCUAGAGGCCGCCCGCGCUCCUCACUCUGAAGACGAGACGGGAGCGGAGGGAGCGGCGCCCGCGGCUUCUGUGCUGCCCAAGAAAUGUGGGAGGUGCGCAGAGCUUUGUGUGUGAGGGAGAACACAUCGGACAGGGAAGAAAAAAGAAAGCCACAGCAUUGGGUCAUUCCAUUUCAUGCGUGUUUGUGUUCAUACAGUUUGUGACACCAGUACUUUCAGGUCACGUCCGUCACAUUUCCACUCUCACCGCCAUGUAUCUUCUCACCGUGUUGAACAAACUCUCACUCUGCUGUAAACAGAUCAUCCUCUAUAUACCUGGUUAAUGUGUGUUCAUGUUUUACUGUACUUUUUAUUUGAAUGCACUGCCCUCAACCCUGUUACUCCUCACUGUACCGUGACUCCAGCUCCACCCUCCCCCCCAAAAAAAAUAACUUUUAAUUUUCUUUAUUGUGAUUGUUUCUAUUUAUAUAUAUAUGGAUGUUUUUAUAUUUGCUAUGUUCUAUUAUUAUAUAUUAAGGUUGUGUGUCCGAAUCCACUUUCACCGUCUAGUAGGUGCAUUUCCCUGUGUGUGUGUGUGUGUGUUACCCUGUGUUUGCUGCCAUUCAACAUUGCAAAUCCUCUCACACUCGUGGCCAAAUCGUUGUCAUUCUCAUUCUCAUGCAGAAAUAUGAGAUGAACAACUAAAUUACACUGAGGUAUUUCAUUGUAACCGACACACGCGCACACACACACACCUCCAUCCAGUAUCUGAUUCCUGUCAGUGUUGUGUUACAGUCCAUAGACAUGUAGCAUUGCUCCAUGAAAACAGGUCUUUUAUCAUCACAUCCACCAAAAACGUUACAUUUUGGCUGUGAUUCUGUGUUAUUUUUUCUGUGGAUUUAGGUUUCGGCCCAAGAAAGAAAUGGUGACAAUUACUAAUUUAAAAGAAUUGUUAAAGGAAUACUUCACCGAUUAGCAUUUAGCUUUGUAUUACUAGAAUAGGGCUAGUAUUUUUUGAAUGUUUGAAACCCCAAUGCUAAUUCCGCACUUUUUAGACCCACUUGUAGGGGGACGGGACCUCAUUCCCAGAAUGUAAACAGUGUCCGCCAUCUUUGCUAACAGCUACGCUAACAGGUGUCACUGGUGGCCACGUAACAAAGACAAGAAGGAAGAUAUUUCUCGAGGUUGGGGAAGCACAAUGUUUCAAAAAUACUAGCCCUAGUCUAGUAAUACAAAGCUAAAUGCAAAGUAUUCCGUUAACCUUGAGAAAUCCGGGUUUUCUCAGCAUUUUUUGAUCAUUAACUUUAUAAAAAUAACAGUCGUAUUAUAGGUUUCGGUUACUGUGUAUUUGGGUGAAUCUGGUUUUAAUCCAUAAAGAUCCUGUGGGAAACUGA